AUGUCUUCUGUUUCCGAAAAACGACAUGACAGUGCUAUACCCCAAACCGAAUCAAUUGUAGGCACUGGCAAUGCUACAACGAAUAAUAACGAUGUCGCAAAUCCAUCAAAGACGCGAAAAGAGCCACCUCCCGAGAAGUCAGAAGAUAUCCAAAGACGAUCCUAUAUAGUUGCAUCUUUUUGGUUUAUAGUUCUAUUCCUAGGAUUACCAAUAUGGUGGAAGACAACUACCAUAUACCGGGCAGAAUUGCCCCUAAGCCAGAUGAUGGAUUGGGCAGAUGGCAAGUUAUGUAGUCCGGUAUUCCCCAUACGGAUUGCUAUCGAUGCGCCUACUCUACAAAAAGAUGAAACCGAGAACCUCGUACGCAUCACACAACAAGCCUUAGAUACUACGGACGACUUCAAAGGGCACCACUUACAACUUGAAGUGUCUCCUUCGACCAAUGCAGAUUACAAAACCAGUUCUGCGCAUAGUUCAAAUACCGCCCUCACAUUACGCUUAAGCCCCGGCGACGCCUUUAUAUCCUCCCUCCAUUCUCGAGAACCUGUCCUCGAAAUAACGUACCCUCCCAACUCGAUACCGACACCCGAUGCUACCUCGUCGAAUCUUGCGACCUAUCUAGCAACACAACUACGAGAUGCCUUCUCCGAAGAGCGAGAUGUCAUGUCAUACCUUCUAUCGAAAUCGUCCAUGCCUUUCGAACAACGACCCUUGGGAUCUUCUCAAGACCUAAGUGAUUCACUAUCGAAGCGAAUGACAAGAUCCUUAAAAUAUUCUCGAACUUACCAUCUUACCUUCUCUUUAUUCACGAGCGGAUUGGUUCCGAGUAGCUGGGAUAUUGACUCCGCUAUAGACGAAUACAUGAAACCAAUACUAGAUAUGCUUGGACCUAUCCACAAUUUUACUAUUGAUACCCAGGUCCAAUUGUACGCCUCUCCCGGUGUGCAGUCACAAGUACUUAGCAAGGAAGAUUUAUCCUCUUUUAUCAAUGCAGCUGAAUGGCCGUUGUCACCCUCUAUAGGAGGUGCGCCAACCGUUAAUUUUGUCGUUUAUAUUGGCAACCAGACAAUUGGCACCGCCUCGGAAACGGCCACUUCUCAGUCUUGGCUUAUACCACAAUGGGGCUCUGUAUAUCUCCUACCACCUCCUUCUACAGACCGUGUCCCUUCGGACCUAUUAAAGCAACCUGUGUUAACCUUCACUUCACAUCUGCUCUCGCUUCUCGGCACCCCACAAUCGGGUCCCUUACCAAUGCGCCUUUCCACACUUACGCGCAUCCGGACAGCCGACCUACUCCUCCGAGCCUCCUCUUCAUUGGGUUCGCUAGCUCGCCUCUCAUUGGCGUUGCCGAGUAUAUCUAUCCCAUCCAGCGUAGCUGAUGGUGUGGCCAAAUCCAUGCAUCAUUUACAACUUGCAUGUUCAAAUCUGGGUGCGACUGGUGGCCUCGAACAUGCAAGAAUUGCUGACGUGGAAGCUGAACGCGCCUUUUUCGAAAAAAGUAUGGUCGGACAGUUAUAUUUCCCCGACGAGCAUAAGAUUGCUGUAUACCUACCCUUGCUAGGACCUGUAGGAGUUCCGUUGGUUAUUGGCCUGCUGAACCAAAUCAAGGCCUGGAAGAACAGUAGAAAGGAGAAAGCUAAGGAAACAUGA